AUGCCCAAGAGAAAGGCUAAAGGGGAUGCUAAAGGAGAUAAAGACAAGGUGAAGGAUGAAUCACAGAGAAUAUCUCCAAAGCCAGAGCCCAAGCCUAUAAAAACCCCAGCAAAGAAGGGAGAGAACAUACCCAAAGGGGAAAAGAGAAAAGCUGAUGCUAGUAAGGAUGGGAAUAACGCUGCAAAAAGUGGAGACACCAAAACAGACUGA